CUUGGGACUAAAACAAGCUUGUGUAUACUUACCUACAUAGGAACAUGGGGUAUGACGCGGACGGGCCAACUUGCAGUUAACGUUGAUCAGUGGGGAGACAAACACUUUUCCCUGAGGCGCAAAGACCCAGCGCUGCAAUGCCUCCUGGGCCGGUAAUUUAUACUCCGAUCAAAACUUGAUUGUUGCCUUCAGGUAAUUUUCUGAUGCAGGCUCAAGUACUUCCAACUUCGAUACUGAGUACUGAGGCGCGGACUCUCCGCGCCACUGCCUGUCAAGCCGACCGCCCACCUUUUGCCCUCACACAACUCAAUAUCGUGCGCACCACCGGUAGACCGUUCAGGCAUGCAAGGACUUGCAUGGGUUGGUCUCUUACUUCUGUAUUACGCAGGUGCUGUUUUAGCGGCCGGUAAUACAACAUGUCUUAGCAGUCAACUGGAUUGGUACACAAGCGCGGUCGGUGAAACCCCUUGCAUGACGUACCAGCGGCUUCGACAAAUAUGCAACAGUGCUUAUUUGGUUGGCAAUUUCGCUGCGACAACCCCCGGUGAUCAUUGCGACGAUCAAGUUUCGGAUUGUUGCUGCAAUUCUGUCGCAUUCGCAUUGAGCAUGCUUUGCAUGAAUUGCCAAGAAGACGCUGUUGCAGGCGAUGUAGCUGGAUUUGAUGCAGCUCCUGGAACAUACUCUGCUUAUCUCGCUCCCUGUACUACUCCCACAAAUCAGUCGCUUCCAGCAAGUAUCCAGCAAGCUGUGUGCAACGAGAACAUCAAGAUUGACGAUUUUCUGUACAACAGAUCCUAUUGGUCUGAUGGAUCCUGGUUCUAUCGAUGGACAGCGGAUUAUGCAGUAGAACAGCAGGCAAUAAACAACAACAACACUUUUACGGUUUGCCCGAACCAAGUUUCGCCUUCGGUAUCCCUUCCUAAAUCCACAGCGGUCCCUACUGCAGGUACAUCUCUCCCUGGCACCGGUGCUGCCUCUGCGUCGUCGUCUAGCUCUGGGAAUGCAACUCCAUCUGCUUUAUCUGCUUCAUCUGAUUCAUCUACUUCAUCGACCUCACAGAAAGCUAUCAUUGGUGGUGCAGUGGGUGGUGCCGCGUUCGCCAUAGUCGCAGUGCUCGGCGGUAUUUACUGUUACAGGCGGCGCAAACGGCCUCGCAUGAUCCAGGAUACGCCAUCCGUGUUCACGGACCAAUUCCCUGGUGCCCGGUCCAUCUAUGGAGCAUCUUUGGCGAACACUGAACCAGUUACUCAAAGAUACAGCAGUCUCAGUCCAAAUCGACGCAAUGACGGGUCUAGGGAGUCUACUUUGCCGAUGACACAUUCUUUGAGCCAUGAGCGGGCUCAGUCCUUCAAUACGUCAACUGGCGCGUCAUAUUUCGCAAAUGACGAUUUGUCUAGAACAGCGUCCUACAUCCGGGAAGAUGAUGCUGGUACAUUGAUUCCCCCCCGUGGUGCACCUACAGAAAGACUUCCACCUGCGUAUCAUCCGUCUUGGGUGUCCAGAAAUACACCGCCAAGCAACUCAAACCCCAGUGAAGAUCAAGUUCUAUUAGACCAACCUAUGUUGUCGAGCGACGGAACACGCCCAGGAAGUCUCACGGGGCUACAAGAGAAAAGAGCGUCCAGAUGGAGUGCUAGUAGUUAAGCACAUGAAGGGUAUCGUUAUGCAUUAAUAUUGUUCCUCUCUGGAUCUUCUCACAGACGCUCAUGUGAUGCUUGUAUCUGGCUGUCUGUUCGCAUGUAUUGACAUUUUAUGAUAUAGAUGAGAACUACUUUAUCUUGUGAUCAGCGCUGCUCCACUAUCAUGAAUGCAACCACCAUUAUGUGUG